AUGAGUCACCGACACCUUGAUCAGAAUAAAGUCAUAGAUUUCAAGCGAUAUUACGCCUACGGGUUCCUUAUCAAUCUUUUACCAAUUUACAUUUUCUAUCCCGUGCGAACCGGUAAAACUCUUCAACAGGCCAAUAUUGGUACUGGUUCGUCCACCUCGCUUGUAUCCGUUAUCACAGAACGUGUUCGAACUGAAGGAGUACGUGGCUUGUACAAAGGAAUAAGUGUGUACGCUUUCGGUAGUAUCUCUGGACGUUUAGUACACUUUGCCACUUAUGACGCUUUACGAGAGCGUGUUUAUAAGGGACGAGGAAGUAGUGUUGGACUUGGUUGGCUGGAAGGACGAGAUCCUGCUACUAUUAAUGGAUUAUUAGGAACAAUAGCCGCUGUGACCACAUCAAGCUUUAUGGUGCCAUUUGAUGUGAUUGCGCAACAAUUGCAAGUUUCAAAAAAAGAAACAAUGAACGCUCAUAAUGUAAAUAUACCAUUAGCAGAAACAAACACGUUACCAAAGCGCAAGAUUCAUACUAUUAAUCAUCUAAUACAAUCCACAUAUAGCAGCAUUGGAUUAACAUCGUCAUCUAACACAACGCACGAAACCAAAACUCUUCAUCAACCUGGAGCCACAUCAGCAAAAGCAUCCCUUAAUCCUUCUUCCCGAAAUUUCAUUACGCGUCUAAAGCCACGCGAUGUGCCAUUGUACCGGUUUCUGUAUCGCGGUUGGGCUGCGGGAAUUUUAAACACAAUUUCCUUUUUCCCUGCCUAUUUCUACACAUACACAUUCGUAUUGGAACACUAUCAUCGACGUCGCCAUCACUUCACUUUCCUUCCCUCACCAUACUUUUUCUUUUCGGUGACUUCUGGAAUGGCGGCAGGUAUAACUGCAACUGUGGUCUCUGCACCAUUUGAUGUCGUGAAAACGCGAAUUCAGAUUGCGCGGAAAGCCGGCCAACAGAAUUUACGUUGGUUGACUAUGGCAAAAUCAAUAUUGCGUACCGAAGGAAUACGAGGCAUGUAUGUCGGGAUUUCAGCAAGAUUAUGGAUUGUGGUGCCAUUGGGCAGUUUAAAUUUCUGGGUAUUUGAAAAAGUUCGCGACUGGAGCGCUGUACCGAUUGAAUCGCCAUCCGGAAAUCAGCAUUCCGUGGCAUCGGAAACUUAG